AUGACAGUGUACGGACAUUCAAUCGUUACGAUUGGUGGCGAGGGCGUGACGGAUAUCCAGAACUUGAUCCAGUUCAUUGAUGUAGAGAAGGGCAUAUCGAUGGUGCCAAAGGUGACGGGCGCAAAGAUAGGACCCGACUCGAUAUACUUGCACGACUUUUGUAGGAUUGGCGACAAGUUCUAUCUCUUUGGUGGCAUGGUCAAUGGCAAGAUGUCCAACCGAGUGUAUAUGGUAUUGGUGGUGGGCGACAGCACGGUCCACUGGUCACAGCCUCGCAUUGGUGGCUACUCACCUUCGUCCCGUGUGGGCCACACGCUCACUCGCUAUGGCAACAAGUUCAUAUUGUUUGGCGGCUACGAUGGCGACAAGUGCCUGAACGACGCGCACAUAUUGGAUCCAGAGACGAUGGUUUGGUCCAGGCUGACAGUCAAUGGCACUCCACCCUCUGAGAGAUAUGGCCACUCGGCCACUAUUAUUGGCGAGAAGAUGAUAGUGUUUGGCGGCACCAACCGUAUCAAGGACCUCAACGACAUUCAUAUACUGCAGCUGGACACCUACACCUGGUCGACGCCACCCGCCAACCAUGGCCAGGAGGUUCCACCCGAGCGAUCAUUCCACGCGGCAACUCGAGUCGGAAGGAACCUGAUCGUCGUCGGUGGCAAACGUGAUGGCGUGGCGCAGAAGGAUAUCUGGUCACUCUCCAACAACAGAAUGCAAUGGUCACGUGUCACUGGUACCAACAUCACGCCUCGCUCGCACCAUGGUCUGAUCAAGAAUGAGUCCAAGUUGUUCAUCUUUGGAGGCAAAGGACAGAAUGGAGGCAUCCUCGAUGAUGUCUGGUUUGUCAACACAACCAACCUUCCAAUAUCCUCAAGUGUUACUAUGAUCAGCUAUCCAGACAUAAAGAUCGACAAGGAGAUUGGAAAGGGACACUUCUCAAAGGUGCUAAGGGGAGUAUGGAAGCAAAAGGAGGUGGCCGUCAAGAAGCUGAACUUGAUCAAGGACAAGGGCAAGGAAGAGAUGAUGAACGAGUUCAAGGCAGAGGUCGAGUUGUUGGGCUCGCUGCAGCACCCCAACCUCGUCAACUGCUAUGGCUACUGUCUGAACCCGAUGUGUAUCGUCAUGGAGUUCCUGCCCACCGGUAACCUCUUUGACCUCAUUCAUUCGAACCGUGAGAACAGACUAGACUCAACAUUGAUCCUUCAGUUCGCCUAUGACAUUGCCAGAGGCAUGCAACACCUUCACUCAAGGAACAUCAUUCACAGGGAUCUAAAGUCAAGCAACCUGUUACUGGACAAGCAUUAUAAUAUUAAGAUUGCAGACUUGGGCAUCGCAAGAGAGACAUCGUUCACACAGACAAUGACAACGAUUGGCACGGUGGCAUGGACCGCGCCAGAGAUACUCAGACAUGAGAGCUACAAUCACAAGGCCGACGUCUACUCCUAUGGUAUUGUGCUUUGGGAGUUGCUCACUGGCGAGGAGCCCUACGCCGGCAUCCCACCGAUGAAUGCCGGUAUCCUUGUGGCCAGCAAGGCGUUGCGUCCCGAGCUACCAGACACGUGUGAUCCCAACUGGCGCAAGCUUGUUGUGUGGUGCUGGGCUGAGGAUCCAAACAAGCGACCAACAUUCACAGACAUCACCAACUACCUUACCAAGACAUUCUAA